AUGUGCGAUUUGUACGACAAACAUACGUACCACCCAGGUACCACCAUUCCUAAUGGCAGCUGCGAGCAGCACAUUUCCCACUCAAAAGAGCAAUAUAAGAAGAAACAGGAGGUAGGAAACAAAUAA